UGGAGUCUGUUCGGGUCACAGUAGCAGCAUCCACCGCCAGAGAGAAUCAAAGGGACCGCGGGAAAGCGCGCUGGAACAAGGAUACAUGUAACAUUUGGGAAUGACUGCGGUUAUAUCACUAAAACUACCGGAGGCACUUAUUUAGACGUUUUUAUAUAGUCUGUUUUAAUUAAACGGUUUUAAUAUACAGUCGGGAUUUUUUUUACAAAACGUCAUUUGCGAUGGCUGACAGCAAACAUCAAGUGAUAUUUUGUAACGACUCGCCAAAAAGAGUUCUUGUCUCCGUGAUCAAGACAACCCCCAUUAAACCCAAAUCCGUGGACUCCCUCAUGCCCACCAGCCCAGGCUUCAGUGAUUUCAUGGUUUAUCCGUGGAGGUGGGGAGAAAACGCGCAUAAUGUCACUUUGAGCCCCGGAUCGGGCUGCGGAACAGCCUCACCCACCCGAAACAGCUCCUGUCCUGCCGAAACAGAUGCCAACGCCUGUCCGGAACACUUAAAGGAUGGUAUCCGGCGUGGACGCCCGCGGGCAGAUACCGUACGAGAACUGAUCAACGAGGGUGAAACCUCCACUAGUCGGAUUCGCUGCAACAUCUGCAACCGAGUCUUUCCCCGGGAGAAGUCGUUACAAGCGCACAAACGCACACACACCGGGGAAAGACCGUACCUGUGUGAUUAUCCAGACUGUGGGAAAGCCUUCGUCCAGAGCGGACAGUUAAAGACACAUCAGCGGCUUCACACUGGAGAGAAGCCCUUCAUUUGUUCUGAGAAAGGGUGCGGUAGCCGGUUUACUCAUGCCAACCGCCACUGCGCCAAACACCCGUAUGCCCGACUGAAGCGCGAGGAGCCCACGGGGGAAGCCGGCAAAUCGCAGGGAGCCGAUAACAAGGCUGUGGCUGAAUGGCUGGCAAAGUACUGGCAGACGAGAGAGCAGCGCACACCUGCACCAGGUAAAGGAAAGACUUUCAGUAAAGGUGCUAUUGACCAGGAGCAGCAAGACCCUUUGGACUUCCCGCCGUCUGAUGAAGGUGAAGAGGAGGACGCGGAGGAUGAGAAGAGCAGCGCUGCGGGUGGGACGGCCCGCCGGCGUCUACAAGAACAGAGGGAACGUCUCCACGGCGCCCUCGCGCUCAUCGAGUUGGCCAACAACCUCUCCGCCUGAGAAAGUGUAGAGAAUAAUCGGCUCGAUUCUGUACAGAUCUAGUAUUUUACGGGAAGUUUUAAACCACCCUGCUAAAAAAAAGAGAGAGAGAGAGAGAGAGGUGUAAACCGGGCUAAGAUGGUCUGCUGGUUUAAGAGGGAUUUUGGCCACUCGAGGAAACCGACUUAGACUGGUUUAAUCUGGGUUUUUGUGUCUCAGCAGGGAGGUCGUCGACUGAAAGAUUUUACACAUUUACGACCCUCGCACUUCUAGCUAGUGCUCUGCCGGGUUGAUAUAAGCUACAAGCACCUUAUUUUGCUUCCUGUUGUACCUUUAGGCUGCUAUGAUGGUAGAUGAUAUCAUUAUAUGAAGAAUGUUGUUUGUUUUGUUUUCUCAGCUUAUCAUGGAAGUGAGACGUUUUGUUUAUUUUGUUGUGCACUUUGUGUUGUUUUGGGUUUGUGGGUGGUGCCGUUUUGUAUGUGACAUCCAUUUCUGUAUGUCAAAGCGUGAGUGAGUGUUUUAAAUCAGGGUGCAUUGACCGACUUCCUAUAGAUGAAGACUUGUACACAGCAGAUCAUAUUGAACAGGCAGGUGACCCGCUUGCUUUCGUACGUUAUUGCAGCGUUCGUUUGGUUAAUCGACAUUUCGCAUCACUUUGGUCCACUGACAUUAAUCAUGUAUUUAUUAUAUUUAAACCAGUGAGAAUAUUUGCUUGGUUCUGCUUUGCCAUAACGUUGAUAAACUAACCAGCUUUAAACAUGCAGUACAUACUGCUCCAUCUACUUGUCCUAAAGGUACACGUUUAUAUACUUGGAGAUCUCAUGUUACAGGGACAGUUCACCCAAAAGCCUUUACUCACCCCCAUGCCAUCCCAGAUGUGUGAUUUUCUUGUGCUGAACACAAAUUAAGAUUUAUAAAAGAAUAUCUCAGCUCUGUUGGUCCAUACAAUGCAAGUGAAUGGUGACCAGAACUUUGAAGCUCUAAAAAGCACAUAAAUGCAGCAUAAACGUGACUGGUUUGGUUUUAUCCAUGUCUUCCGAAGCACUAGAUGGGUGUAAGGAACUGAUCAAUAUUUAAAACUUUUUUUACUAAAAAUGUUCGCUUAACCAGGUCAUUGCUGAGGGUGGCGUUCAAACUGUCCACCGCACGACGUUAGCGUAUAAGCCUCCUCUGUAUGUACUACUGUAUGUAUCUACUUGUAUGUAGAACCCUUACUAGCACUGUUCCUAUGGACCGCAAUACUGUUUCCACACAAAAGCAUUUAAUGCAGCCGUCUGAGGCAUCUUGUCUGGAAAAAACAAUUCAAACAGCUUUCCUUGUUUACCGUUCCCAUAUGGUGCCGCAGUUGACUUAUCCAAACCAGCUGAAUGAGGCAUCUAUGUAUGAAUUUCUAUGCUCCUCAGUUGUGAACAACCGUGCAUAUAUUUUAAUUUGUCACACAUCAGUUCUCACGUGCAGUUGCCAACGUGCUUGUGUCACGUGAGGCUGUGUGACCUCGACCCUAAAAUAAAUAUUUAGCUUUUAUGUGCUUUUUGGAGCUUCAACAUUCUAGUCACCAUUCACUUGCAUUGGAAAAAACAAUUAAAACCGCUUUCCAUGUUGACCGUUCCAAGAUGGCGCCGCAGUUGACGUAUCCAAACCAACUGAACGAGGCAUCUAUGUAUGAAUAUCUAUGCUCCUCUGUUGUAAACAACCGUGCAUAUAUUUAAAUUUGUCACACAGCAGUUCUCACGUGCACUUGCCAACACGCUUGUCAUAUGAGGCUGCGUGACCUCGACCCUAAAAUAAAUAUUGAUCUAUUCCUUACAUGCGCCUAGCGUUUCACCUCAGGAAACAUUAAUCCACUGGAGUUGUAUGGAUCACUUUUAUGCUGCUUUUAUGUGCUUUUUGGAGCUUCAACAUUCUAGUCACCAUUCACUUGCAUUGUAUGGACCUACAGAGCUGAAAUAUUCUUCUAAAAAUCUUCAUUUUAGUUCUGCAGAAGAAAGUAAGUCAUCUGAGGUCGAGUAAAUAAUGAGAUCAUUUUCAUUUUUGGGUGUACUGUCCCUUUAAUGGGUAAACCCUAUAAAAUGAAGCACUUACAAUAUUAAUCUGUUCAUGUUCUAUUAAUGUCUUCAAUAGUUCUACUAUAGAACACUCAAGAAAGUUGAUAUCAGCUUCCAAUGAGUGAUGAUGGAAUGAGAUUAUAGAUCAAACAGCACUUGUUUAUUUAGUCUAACUGUAGUUCUGCUUGUUGAUGCCUUUACUGAUGAUCUACAACACUACAUUCUGUUCAAGUGCUUCACUGCCAUUCAUUUUAGAAAUGUGUUGUUAAAUGUCAUUUAAUCUGGCAACUGCAAAAACUGGAAAAUAUUUUAUUGUUCCAUUUAAAAUGCAAGUAAUAUAUUCCACAAAAGGUCUUCAGAAGGCCGUGCAUGAUGUCUUUUAGAAACAAAAGGAUUCCAUGUGUUGACAUUCCCUUGUUAAGAUUACGACAACUGAAUGUAAUCACGUUUUUGUAAUUUUAUUUUAUAUGUGUUCUUGAUUGUUGGGCUGGAAAGACUGUAAAUGUGUAAGCGUGCUUUUUUCCUCAUCGGCCACACUUAGUUUUAGCACUUCGAGUC